ACCGCCGCGCCGCGCCGUGCUGUGGGUGCUAGUUUAAAUCGGUCGAAUCCUCUUGCGAUCCUUCGCGUAUCCUCCUUGUGCUGGUGCUUGUGUUGUGAUACCAGGGGCGCCCCCCGCUAAUCGCAUUCCUUUAUUUUCGUCUUCUCUUAUCGCCCGUCCUUCAAUCAAAAUAAUUACCUCUCCGCUGAAUUAUCGCCGUAUUUACGCGUGCAAGUGUAUCGCUAUUCCCUCGAUUCUUUCAAAAGUUUGCGUGCAAGUUCGGUGUGUUUUACCCUCAAUGGCUUGUGGAAUUCCAGCCCGUUUUCCUCAUCAUUCCGAUGUGAAGUUUCUUCUGCAACCUCAUCAGUAAUUCUCAAAUUUAUCUGAGCUUUUCGUGCUAGUUUUGUCUCGAUAUUGCUGUGAUGCCCAAGCUUUUUUUCUCGAUCGGUCGUCGAAUUUCGUGGCCAGAAGCAACAGGUUUUCUCUCGUAACUCCGCGGUGUGGUUAACCCAUUUCCUCCGUGUAACGCAUUCCUCUAGUGUUUCUACAUUCCCAACGACCUCGUCAAGUGGCUGUGUGUCUAUCUCUUGUGUUUUGAAAUAUCUAAGCUGCCUUUAAAGCUCAAAAGUAGUCUAUUUCAAUCCUCUUUUCGCGGAGAGUGACGGGAUAUCAACAGGUGAUUCGAACGCAAGUGCAUGAAAGUAACCUGAAAAAGUAACCUCAAAUCCUGUGUUUAUUCUUUGGAUGGUCAUUUAAUUUUUAAUUUUACCAUAAUCAAUUCUUUAUCAUGCGAUCUGCAUUCAAAGAUUACUCUUUAUUUUUCUACGUGUCAGUUUCUCAUAUUUAUUCAUCUGCUCAGGAUCAUAUCUUGAGAUCAGUUGUGCGCUAAGCUGGAAGUUUUUGCUCCUCACCUUCAACAGCCCCACCAUGAUUUGCCCUCCUUGAUUUCGUGGGAUGAAUUGAGAUGAAAGUUUGGUAGUCCAAUUAGUCAUGUUGACUGAUACGACAUCAUGUCUCAACGUGAUUUUUCUGAGGUGGAACUGGAAGGCACGUCUGAACUGCCUGCCGACAGUAAAGCCUUGUUUGUAGAAAAAGUGAAAGAAAGUAACGCAGCUUGCCAAAAUGGAGACUUCGCAACAGCAGUCUCCUUGUAUAGGGAUGCCAUCCAACUGGAUCCCACCAACCACAUCCUCUACUCCAAUAGGUCUGCAGCCCUCAUCAAGAUGGGCCAGUUUGCCCAGGCCCUUCAAGAUGCCACCCGCGCCAGGGAUCUCAAUCCCGAGUGGCCUAAGGCUUAUUAUAGACAAGGGGUAGCAUUGCAAUGUCUAGGCCGCCAUGGAGAUGCACUGGCGGCCUUCAGCUCAGGUCUGGCUGUGGACCCAAAAUCAAACCAGCUCCUGUCCGGUCUGGUGGAAGCUUCCUUAAAAUCGCCUUUAAGAAGCACUUUGGAACCAACAUUUGCUCAACUAGAGGCAAUGAAUUUGAGCAAAUCAGCAUUCGUACUCAUAUCAGUAGUUGGCCAAGAGCUAUUAGGUGCUGGUCAUUAUCAGACUGCUGUCAUUGUUCUGGAAGCUGCUCUCAGGAUCGGAACUUGCAGUCUCAAACUACGAGGCUCAGUUUUCUCAGCAUUAUCCUCUGCCUACUGGGCGUUAAACUCUUUAGACAAAGCAAUCAAUUAUAUGCAGCAAGAUUUAGCUGUUGCAAAGUCACUCGGUGAUAUUGCUGGUGAAUGUCGAGCUCACGGAAAUUUAGGUUCUGCGUACUUUAGCAAAGGUAGUUUCAAAGAAGCGCUCACUUCCCAUCGAUAUCAAUUAGUUUUGGCUAUGAAGUGUAAAGAUACACAAGCGGCAGCCUCUGCAUUGACAAGUUUAGGUCAUGUUUAUACAGCUAUAGGUGAUUACCCAAAUGCAUUAGCCUCGCACAAGCAAUGUGUUCAACUUGUCAAACAGAUGGGAGAUAAGUUACAAGAGGCUCGAGAAAUCGGGAAUGUCGGUGCUGUAUAUCUAGCAAUGGGCGAGUUUGCCAGUGCAGUUGAUUGUCACACCCAACAUUUGAGACUAGCUCGAAGAUUAGGAAAUCAAGUUGAAGAGGCUCGAGCGUAUAGUAAUCUUGGAUCCUCUCAUCAUUAUAGGAGAAAUUUUUCACAGGCUAUGGUAUUCCAUGAAAAUGUCCUGAGAAUUGCCCAAGAAUUAGGAGACAGAGCGGUAGAAGCAAGAGCCUAUGCAGGAUUGGGUCAUGCGGCACGAUGUGCUGGAGAUUACAAUCAGGCAAAACGAUGGCAUGAGCGACAGUUGGAUAUGGCAUUAAGCAGUAGGGACCGUAUCGGAGAAGGCAGGGCUUGCUCUAACCUUGGUAUUGUGUAUCAAUUGUUGGGGCAGCAUGAUGCAGCUCUAAAACUGCAUCAAGCUCAUUUGAGCAUAGCUCGUUCACUUCAAGACACAGCCGGAAUGGGACGUGCGUUUGGCAAUAUUGGGAACGCAUACAGUGCAAUGGGGUUUUAUGAACAGGCUAUUAAGUACCACAAGCAGGAGUUAACAAUAUCCAAAGAAGUUAAAGAUCGAAGCUCAGAGGCAUCAACUCAUGGGAACUUGGCUGUGGCUUAUCAAGCGUUGGGUGCACAUGAAAUGGCGCUAUUGCAUUACCGCGCCCAUUUAAAUAUCGCAAGGGAGUUAAAAGACACAGCCGGUGAAGCCUGCGCCCUUCUCAAUCUUGGCAACUGUCUGAGUUCUCGCUCGGAAUUUGCCCAAGCAAUACCAUACUAUGAAAAUUAUCUGAUGCUCUCACAGGAGCUGCACGAUGUGGAAGGAGAAGCAAAAGCUUGUCAUUUUUUAGGUUACGCCCAUUAUUGUCUGGGAAAUUACCGUGAAGCUGUUCGUUAUUACGAUCAAGACCUCGCUUUGGCCAAAGAUUUACAAGACAAAAUGAAUAUGGGUCGUGCUUAUUGUAACCUGGGUCUCGCUCAUCUUGCUUUGGAUCAUCUAGAGACAGCACUUGAGUGUCAAAAAUACUUCUUGGCCAUAGCACAUAUGACGAAACAUCUUCCUGGUAAAUUUCGAGCUCUCGGAAACAUCGGUGACGUGUUGAUGAAAAUGCGUGAUGUGGAGGAAGCUGUCAAAAUGUAUCAAAGACAGCUCACUUUUGCACGCCAAGGUCGAGACCGUUCGCUUGAAGCUGCAGCGUACGGAUCCCUUGGUCUAGCCAAUCGCCUCCUGCGACAUUUAGAUAAAGCUUUAGGAUACCAUACUCAGGAAUUAACUGUCAGGCAAGAAAUGGGUGAUGUUAAGGGUGAGUGCCGUGCGCAUGGACAUUUGGGAGCUGUCCAUAUGUCUCUCGGCAACUAUACAAACGCCAUCAAAUGUUAUCAAGAACAAUUAGACCGUGCAAAAGAACUGCGCGAAAGCGCCAUUGAAGCACAAGCUUUUGGAAAUCUAGGUAUUGCACGACUAAAUAUGGGACAUUAUGAGGAUGCUAUUGGCUACUUUGAACAGCAGUUAGCCACUCUGGAGCAGCUUUCAACACCAACAGCAUUAAUGGACAAAGGUCGAGCAUUUGGUAAUCUUGGGGAUUGCUACGAUGCCCUUGGAGAUUUAGAAGAAGCCGUUAAAUGUCAUGAACAACAUUUAGCUAUUGGUUUGAAAUUGAAGAGUUCCAGAGACUUGGAACGAGCUUAUCGUGGCCUUGGGCAUUCACACAAACGUUUAGGGAACCUUCAACAAGCUCUGGUUUGCUUCGAGAAGCGACUGGUUGUAGCCCAUGAGUUGAACAAUCCUGAGGCCAAGGCCUCUGCUUACGGUGAAUUAGGACAUAUUCACACUACCCUUGGAAAUUAUGAACAGGCCAUCUCCUGUUUAGAGCAUCAACUGAGUAUAGCAAGAGAACUGAAGGAUCAAAUCGGAGAAUCGGAUGCGGCUUGUGGCCUAGGACAGGUUUAUCAGCAAAUGGGCGAAUAUCGCACUGCAUUGCGGUACCACACAGCUGAUUUAGAAACGGUUGAACAGUUAGGUUUAACUGCUCUUCAGGCUCGUGCGCUCGGAAACCUGGGGUCUGUUCAUGAGUCUCUCGGGAACCUGGAUGAUGCCAUUAGAUUCCAGGAGCAGCAUCUGUCCGUAGCAGCUCAGACUAAUGAUAAAUUAGCCAAAACUCUUGCCUACUCUAGUUUAGGACGAAUUCACCAUACUCUGGGUAACACUAGUCAAGCGAUUGCAUAUCUUCAGCAAGGAUUGCAGAUGGCAGAAAUGCUGGGUCGGCGCGAAGAGGAAGCCAGAAUCCACCAUCGCCUUGGCCUUGCUCUUUGGGGAGCCGGGCAACUUGAAGCAGCCCAAACACAGCUCGAACAAGCGGCAACAUUGCUGGAACUCAUCAGGAGGGAAACCAGAGGCUCAGCCCACUACAAACUCUCUCUCUUUGAUCUGCAAACAGCCUCGUAUCAAGCCUUACAACGAGUUUUAGUAGGAUUAAACCGGGCAAAUGAGGCUCUUCUAGUUGCUGAACGCGGUCGAACCCGAGCUUUUGUGGAUCUUCUGUUAGAGCGUCAAGGCUCAAAUCAAGGUCUACGUUUAUCGGACUCAACACCUACCACUUUGGAUCAACUUGUAGAAAUAGUCAACAGGCAGCGAGCAUCAGUUUUAUACUACAGUCUAGCUGCUGGAUAUCUGUAUUCAUGGUUAAUUGUACCAGGGAAAGGAGUGGUGCAUUGGCAUGAAGUAGCCGUGAAUGAAACAGACGUGGAGAAGGAAGUAGUGAGUGAAGAAUCACUUACAACUGGUGCGUCUCUUUUGGAACAUUAUGUACAAAGUGUAAGAGAGAGCUUUGGAACACAGUCAACGUGCGAAGUAGAUGUUGAAAAUAACGACCUGUGGGAUGUAGGAGAGAGGAACGCUUUCUGGAGAAAUAGGAAUCAUUUGCUAAAUUCAUCAAACUACAGUCUUAGCAGCCUCUUCAGUGUUGGAAGUGUAGCCAGUGGGUCAGCCAGUCGUCACGGAAGUGUUCGUUCAAGGCGGGUGAACCAUCAAACUUGGCAAGGCCCAUCAUGUAUAAAUGCUCUCUACCAGCUUUUAAUCGCUCCAUUUGAUAGCUAUCUGAAUGCAAAUCUUAAUUCAGAUAAAUCGUACAAAGAAUUGCUCCUGGUUUUGGAGGCAGAUCUGUACUUAGUUCCGUUCCCAGUUUUGCGACCCGCUCCUGUGAAUGGAGACUCUCCAACUGAAUUUCUGAGUGAAAGAUUUAGUCUUUUGGUCGUUCCAUCCCUAACUUCUUUGAAGACUAGUCUGAAAACAAAUCGAGGAAACGGAAGCGAAGGAGGAAUGCGUGCUUUAGUGGUUGCCAAUCCUCGCCUGCCUCCAAGCAUCAUUGAUGAAUUUGGCUACCCAGAAAUAACAGAAUCAGAGCAAGAAGCAAGUAUGGUCGCUGACAUGUUACAAACAGAACCGCUCCUUCGAGUGCAGGCUAGUAAGGAGUCAGUUCUAAGGCAAAUUGGCGAAGCCGAGUGUGUUCAUCUUUCGACUUAUAUUUCCUGGAAACUCUCGGCAAUUGUCCUAUCUCCAGGGGAAAUAAUUGAUUCUCAACAAUCUAAGUCAAGGAUUGGUUCAUUCUAUGCUGAGCAAGCUCAAGAUGAAGAAGUCUCUGAAGUUUCCUCUACGCUAGAAGUUCCUGCCCUCUCGGAGUGCUUAUUAACCGCCAGUGAACUUCUAAGUUUGAAACUAAGUGCAAGAUUAGUUGUUAUAAACAGUAAAGAUGGGUGGGCUACUGCAGAUGGUGUGAUAGCGCUGUCGCGUGCUCUGCUUGCUGCCGGUGUCCAGUGCGUGCUUGUAUCUUUGUGGCCAAUCCCAGAAACAGCAGCCAAAAUUCUUCUGAAAGCUUUCUACUCAGCUUUGCUGCAGGGCUCUCGUGUCAGCAGAGGUCUUUGCGAAGCAAUGCAGACAGUUCAACAUACUAAACACUUUGCAGAUCCCUCAAAUUGGGCUGGUUUUGUCUUGAUUGGAUCUGACGUGAGAUUAUCGAACAAAGUUGCUUUAAUGGGCCAAGCCCUGUGUGAACUCCUGAAAACACCAGAAAAAUGCAGAGAUGCAUUGAGGGUCACAUUGCACUUGGUGGAAAAGUCUCUGCAGAGGAUUCACAGAGGGCAAAAGAACGCCAUGUACACGACUCAGAAAAGCAUCGAAAAUAAGGUUGGUCAUGUUAAUGGAUGGAAAGAGUUAUUACAGUCGGUAGGUUUUCGGUUUGAGCCUGCUGCCAAUGGAAUCCCAUCCUCAGUAUUUUUCCCUCAAAGUGACCCUGACCAGAGACUAACACAGUGCAGCGCUAGUCUUCAAGCUCUAUUAGGUUUAACUAGUACAACACUCGGAGCCCUGUCAAAACUCCUCUCUACAACAGAUGCUGCUGAUGACAUCAUUACUGUGAUUCGUCUUGUCGUUGCUAAAUUCAGUUUAGCCACCUCUGAUACUGAGCAAAUUGAAAUUCCGGUCAGCGUCAAGCUCUGGCAUGUCCCUGGCUGCCAUGAACUCUUGGCAUCUUUAGGUUUUGAUUUGAUUGGAGUCGGAGCUGAUGAAGUAUCUCUCAGAACUGGAAAGCAAGCAAACAAGAGGAGUAUUCAGUUCGUACUACAAGCCCUUCUUGCACUCUUCGAUACACAAGAGGCACCAAAAAGUUUAUCAUUAGAGUCUUCAAGCUCGCUGGAAAGCCUUGCAUCACUUGAAGAAAAUGAUCCACCUCCAAGGCCCCUGCCAUUACCACAACCAAGAAGCGGAGGUGCUUUUGCAAGUUAUGUGCGGCGUAGAGGAGAACCCGACGGAAGGACUGCCUGCAGCACUGAAACAAAUCCUGCUAACAAGAUUGUAAAUCGAUCAGAAAGUGAUGCUGCAUUCACUCCAUCACCUCCUGUUGGACUCACGCUAGCACAUCAAAGCCGAAUCAGGUCACUUUACUCAUCAGUUAGUCAUUCUUCACCGCCAACACGGCCAGAUUCCUCAUCUUCUGCAAGCUCUGCUACCGACUGGGAAGGAAAUGGGCAUGCAACAGUCCUGCGAAGAGGAGUGGCUAUGUCACAUCCUUUGCCACCACUUCCACCUCCUCGUAAGGCACCACCACCACCUGUCAACUUGGUUGACACCUCUGCUCUCGAUAUGGACAGGCUUAGCGUAAGGACAGGCUGGAACAACACAACAAGUCGUAAAUUACUUCUUCCUAGCGAUGAACCGGCAGAUAUUUUCGGAGAAGGUGAAGUCUCUUUGUACCUUGACGAAAAUGAUACAAGUGUCAUUCAAGACACUUUAAUCGAUCCUUGCCGUCAAAACUCUUUGACGGAGGCAAAUGUAACAAAAAAUGGCAUUCAAGACCAAAUCCUAGCAACGCAGCUGCGCCGACUCAACAGAGAGCUAACUCCAACAAUAUCCGAAGUCUAUCACGAACGAAAUAUUGGCCUUGGUCUAGCUCCACCACUAUCAAAAUUGCUGCUCCCAUCUCCUGCAGAGGAGGGCAAAGAUGAUAAAGGCAUAAACAGCAAGCCAUGGUUAUCUUCAGCAGCCCUGCAGCGGCUCCAGCACACAUCAGUAAAUGACAAUCAAUCAGAUUCUUCCUGUAGCGAGUUAAGCAGACGUGAUGAAGGGGACGGCCGCUCAAUCGCUGACUCACAUUGUAGUACGAGUAGUUUCAACAAAAACAAAACUCCUCGUGUGAUUAACUUUAUCGAAGAUAUUGUUGAGAAUCCUCCACCAGUUCCUCUCGUCAGGAAACAGCCGCCACCUCCAGUGCCCAGCAAUCCCAAUACUUGCUCAUGAUCUGUUUUCAAAUUUUCUUUGUUGACUAGUGUUUAUUUUUGAUGUGUAAUGACUGGACAUUGACAUCAUGUAUUAGUCUUUGGGGAAAGAUUGUUUUAAUCAGUGCUGUCCCAUGGAAGGCUCGUUUCACCUUGCUUUCAGGGGAGCUAUUGUUAUUAUUAUCAUCAUAAUAAGUUGAAUCAAGGAUGUCAUUGAGUGCUUUUAUUAUCAACUCCUUUGAAUUAUCUGCCCUGCAUAAUUCUGGAACUCAUUGUAAAUUUCAAAUUGCGAUCAGAUCAUAAUUUUCUCCAGAAAUUCAAGUCUUCAAUUUUCGAGCGAAUUUUUCACUCUAAUAAGUACUUCCACAGUGCAAAAAAUUCUCUGUGGAAGUUUGAUUUUUGAAGUUCCAAUGGUGCCAACAACUCUCCCUUUCUCUGUUAAUUGGAAUGGGAACACAAAAGAUUCUGUGUCAGAAAUUUGCUGUGCUAUAUUUCUGCGCUUGAACAAGUAGGAAAAUUAGAAAUCCAAGAUAAGUAACACGUCCACUUGCUUUGAUGUAGGAAACUUUUGGCUACAAUUCCCUUCCAUGAGAUAAUCUUCCGCUGACUCCUUAGUGGUGUUUUUCUUGUAUUGAAAUUGCAUUCCUGUAGCUGUUCAAUCACAUUUUGCAUGUGAUCUGUGCCAAAAAGAAUUCGGCGGUAUAUACAUCACAACAUGGAAAUUUGUUUUUAUUUUUUUGUCUUAUUAAUUUUAAUAUUAAUUUUGCUCAUGAUGGAUUCAUGAUUUCCAAAAUGUAAUGGAGUAAAUAAUUUUCCAAUAACAGUGUGUAUCAUGGUGUACAUACUAUUUAAUUUUCUUUGCGGUAAAGUGUCAAGAACAAUAUCAAAUUGAAAUUGAAAUUUUUGUCUACAUGUGAAGACUUUUCUGUAGUUUUCAUUCAAAGUUAGCAAACUGAUUUUGGGAAGAACAUCUUCCUCCUGAUGUAAUGUUAAACUUUUUGGUCUUGCAAUUGUGUGUCGGAUGCAAGAGUCUAGAGUUGUUUUUUCUUAAAAAAUUGUUUUCUGUUUAAGUGACCGUUGCCUUCAGUAUGUUUUGAAUUGUAAAACUGUUAAAACA